CGACUUUUAUGAAAAUCUGAAGCACAAGAUUGAAGAACUUCCCUCAGUUGCCAUUCUCAUCAACAACGUCGGCGUCUCAUACUCUCAUCCAGACGCCCUGGCCAAAUGUGAAGAGCUGACUCUCGAGAAACUGCAGAAAAUGGUUGUCUGCAACGUAACAUCAACGACCUGCAUGACCCGCAUUACCCUACCAAAGUUGCUGGCCUCACCGCCACCGGCUGGAGUCCACCGCCACAUUGUCAAUAUUGCCUCCCAGUCCGGCUGUUUUCCCACCCCCUACCUUUCUGUUUACGCUGGUACCAAGGCCUUUGUAAUCAAUUUUACGGCCUCGUUAGCUGGGGAAUUAGUAGGCUCCUGCGUUAAGGUGCAGACUAUUUCGCCCGGCUUUGUGUCGACGAACAUGUCGGGUAUCAAACGUCCGAGUUUCUUUGCACCCUCGGCUUCCACAUUUGCG